AUGUUGGUUGUCCAUCUGUUUGUUCUGGAAUACCCCCCAGGGCCAGGACCCUUCCCUGGCAUUGUGGAUCUUUACACUCUAGGCGGUGGCCCAUCAGAACCGAGAGCCAGUUUGCUGGCCAAUAAAGGCUUUGUGGUACUCGCUCUGGCUUUUUACCGCUACAAGGAUUUGCCUAAAAAAGUUGACAAACUAGAUCUGGAGUACUUUGAAGAGGGAGUACGUUUCUUGCAGAAACACCCCAAAGUGAAAGGCUCUGGAGUUGGAGUUAUUUCAAUCUCCAAGAGUGGAGAUCUAGCUCUCUCAAUGGCAUCAUUCCUGUCAGGUAUCAAAGCAGUUGUCACCAUUAAUGGUUGCUGUGCCAACACCGUCUUUCCCCUCAAAUACAAAGAUACCAUCAUCCCUGCUCUCAUGGGUGACUUAAAGAAAGUAACCCUGACCGAGCAAGGACUUUUGGACCUCAGCAAGGCCAUGUCAGAUCCCACGGCCAAUGAGAACCUGGCCACUGUUAUUCCCGUUGAGUGUGCUGACUGCAAUUUCAUGUUUGUAGCAUCUGAAGACGACAUGAACUGGGACAGUGUCUUUUUCGCAGAACUAGCUGCCCAACGACUGAGAGACAGUGGGAAGGAGAACUUUGAGAUAGUGAGGUACCCCAAGGCAGGACACUUUGUGGACGUUCCCUACAUGCCCUUCUACCCCUCUGGCGUCCAUGCGGCAGUGGGUGAAGUGGUGACGUUUGGAGGAGAGGCUAAAACUAACGCACACGCUCAGGUAGAGUUGUGGGGGAGAGUUCAGGAGUUUUUCCAGAAGCAUUUAGACACCGGCAACGCUCAGCAUUAAGCAAUGCUGUAAUACAUUACAAGGCACACAUUAUUCUCUCAUAAUCUUUUCCAAUAAAUCAAACAUUUUUGGCACUCACUUCAGUACACUUUCUCAUGGUCUUUUGGUGUGACGCCUUUUACAUAAAUAGGCCAAAAUGAAAUUACUUUUUUCUCAAUAUUACCUUUAAACCUAUGUUACCAUGUUGCAGUGAGUAGGCCUAUGUUAUAAGGGUGCUAUCAUAUAGCAAUGUGGGUCAUUGUUGUGCUAAGUGCAUGAAACCACAUAUAGUGUGACAGCAUAUCAUAUUGUGUGACAGGGUUUUUCUCAUACCAUGAAUAAUUUUUUUGUCAAUAUUACCUUUAAAUCUGUGUAACCAUGUUGCAGCGAGUGGUUGUUAGGGUGCUAUAUCAUAUAACCCCAAAACAGAAAAAGUUGGGACGUUGUGUAAAAUGUGAAUAAAAACAGAAUGUAAUAA